GGUUCUCCUCGUCAAGAAACACUGAAGACAACCAACAACCAAUAGGCUGCGCUCGUGAUUAUGCACAUUUGAGGCUUGUCAAACGGUGAGACUUCGAGAAGAAUUGUCAUUUGGUUUCGCGACGAAAAGGAAAUUCUCUUGUUAAAAACGGAUCAUCAGUGUAGAAUUCAAUUGACACAUCAAGAUGGACAGGCUAUUACGGUUAGGCGGUGGAAUGCCGGGUUUAAAUCAAGGACCACCACCCUCCGAUGCACCUGUUGUUGACACAGCUGAACAGGUAUACAUAUCAUCCUUGGCCCUUUUGAAAAUGCUCAAGCACGGUCGUGCCGGGGUACCGAUGGAGGUGAUGGGUCUGAUGCUGGGAGAAUUUGUCGACGACUACACUGUUCGCGUUAUUGAUGUCUUUGCCAUGCCUCAAACAGGAACAGGUGUCAGUGUAGAGGCGGUAGAUCCAGUGUUUCAAGCAAAGAUGUUGGAUAUGUUGAAGCAGACCGGUCGGCCGGAAAUGGUAGUGGGCUGGUAUCAUUCUCAUCCGGGUUUCGGUUGCUGGCUAUCCGGAGUGGAUAUUAACACUCAACAAUCUUUCGAGGCUCUUAGUGAAAGAGCUGUAGCCGUUGUCAUUGAUCCUAUACAAUCGGUGAAGGGAAAGGUUGUCAUUGAUGCAUUUAGAUUAAUCAAUCCAAACAUGAUGGUCUUGGGACAAGAACCAAGGCAAACAACAUCGAAUUUAGGCCAUCUACAGAAACCAUCGGUUCAAGCGCUGAUACACGGAUUAAAUCGGCAUUACUACAGUAUUAGUAUUAAUUAUCGUAAGAACGAGCUGGAACAGAAAAUGCUGUUGAAUUUACAUAAAAAGACAUGGAUGGAUGGUUUGACUCUUGCCGAAUAUUCAGAGCACAGUCGACUCAAUGAGAAUAUCGUUUCCGAAAUGCUUGAACUUGCAAAGAAUUACAACAAGGCCUUGGAGGAGGAAGAAAAGAUGACACCCGAACAAUUAGCAAUAAAGAAUGUGGGCAAGCAAGAUCCGAAACGACAUCUUGAAGAAAAAGUGGAUUCGCUAAUGGCUACAAAUAUUGUCCAAUGUUUGGGAGCUAUGCUUGACACAGUUGUAUUUAAAUAAUAAUUUCUCAAUAUACCACUCGCAAUAUGAUAUUUAAAGGAAAUAUACAUCUUUCUUUUUAAAAUAAAAAAAAGUAUGAUACUUCUUUUUAUAUUCACCACUAAUGCGAACAAUUGAUAUGCACUAUUAGUUUUGUGUAAAUUUUUAUUGAAGAUACAUGUUAUCUUGAUGAAUCUGGUGUACUUAUUGGACUGAAUAUUACAAAUUGUUGUAAAUCAUGGUACGUAAAA